AUAGACGCCUUUUACAAGGACGGCGUAGAACAGGAUGAGAGCAUGAAAGUAACAAUUAUAUUACAAUUUGUGUUGUUUGCCUUCUGUGCGGCUUAUCAGAGCGAAGAAUCAGAGAAAUGCCGUCACAAGUUUUGCCGUAUUGGACGUUACUGCCAUAUAAAUACAGUUGGUGAUGCCGAAUGCGUUUGUGGCGGCCCGGAUUUCUGUAAAGAUCGACAAAAGAAAGUCUGUGGCACGGACGGUAUCGAAUAUACCAGCCACUGCGAAUUGCACAGGACGGCUUGCGUUUCCCGUCGUCGAAUUGGCGUCGAUCAGACUGGAAAAGCCUGUCGGGAAUUUGCUGUAGAAUUGCCUUCGUGUGGCGUUGAAUUUCAAAGUUUCAAGGAUGACGCUUUCAGACGUUUGUGCAACGAAGAUUGUCUAUCGAAUGGUGGAGUAAGAGUUUUUAUGGAUUUGGACAAAAACUCUAAUGGUGUUUUGGAAGAGAACGAAAUAAAUUUAGAAAUUAAGGAUAGCUUUUCCUCGUGUACUUUGCUGGAUUUAAUCACGUACGACGAUCUCAACGAAGAUGGAACAAUUAGCGAAGAAGAAUUCAAUAGAGCAUUCGAUUUAAACGCUUAUAUAGAUCCAUCUUUGACGCACGUUAAAACUUCUGUUAAAGAAGGAAGCAACGUUCGUUUGAGUUGCGAUAUUAAAAGAGGGAAAAGAAUCAUUUGGAAGAGGAAUGGAGUGGAAUUUAAAGAUUUAGGAUCGAUAAAAGUUAUAGGAGAAUACGUACUCUAUUUGGACGACGUUGAAACGAGUCAUUCAGGAAACUAUACAUGCGAGUGUGGAGACGCUGCUCAAACUCAUACAUUUACUGUAAACGUAAAACCAAAGGUUAUCAUUUAUCCUUCAACUCAAUUCCACCUGAAUGGCUCGAGCAUCGAUUUACGAUGUCAUGCUGAUGGGAUACCGACACCGUUGCUUUCAUGGAAGAUGAACGAGCAUAACCUCUACGAUGAUCCAUUUGAUACAAAAACAACAUUUCAAAAUCACAAUUCUAGAUUGCAAAUCGAUAGAGCAACUAGUAGUCGAGACACGGGUGCCUAUAAGUGUAUUGGACAAAAUUCGGCCGGAAGUUCAUCAGAUACAGCCACCGUCUUUAUUGAAAAUUCUCAAUCGGUUCCAACUGGUCCUAUAGGAUUUUAUAAUCUUUUUAUAUUCUUCCAUGAUUAUGGUUAUAAUAUACACGAACCGGGAACUUGUCAAUUAAGGCGGCAGUUGGACACAAAUCAUGAUUUGUCCGAUAUCCUACAGAUGUCGCCACAAUAUGGUCUUAAAAGACGCCCGACGGAUUUGUGCUCUAAAGUUUGUAAAUGGGGAGAUGUGAUAAUAGUUAAGAAUAGCUUAAUUUACGCGGCACAGCCGGAUUUAGGAAGGAUUAUAGUUAUACAACUACAAGAUAGAGCUAGUCCAGUUGACGUAAUAUACAUCGAUGGUAAUCCGAACGGAUUAACUUAUAUAGAAAACCGAGAUGAGAUAUGGUUAAUAAGCGACCAUUCAAUAUUUGUCUUGUCUACAGUUAGUAAAUUAAGUGAUAGGAAAGUGACACUUUUGGAUGUUGGCUUUCGGAUAGAAAAACUCUGGAUUCCAUCUGGCGUAUUAUCAAAGUCAACCUUUGCCUAUUUAAAGUCCGGUGAGAGCAUUAAGAAAAUUUCCCUAGAAACAAAACGCUUUCUCCGCAACAUCGAUUGUAAAGGCGACCAAAGCGUCAAUUUCCUUCCUAUUGGCGGAAAGGCGAUAAUUAGGUGUGGAAAUCAGUCAACCUUGAUCGAUACUUUUUCAGAUUUACCUAUCGGUACAAUUCAAGUUGGUAAGAGUUUUAUUUCACCUGACGGUAGAACACUAUCGAUUUUUGACGGUCAAGACAUUACGGUUUAUAGUAUAAAUGACGGUGGAGAAGUUAAGAAAAUAAAAACUAUCAGGGAUAGGAAAAACUUAAUCGAAAUUGAAUAUUUCCCUUCUUCAACGACUUUGGGUUAUAAUUUCUUUUAUUCUACUAGCACCAACGAAAUCGUAUUUAUCGAUUUAUACUUGGAUCGAACAGAGAUAAUCGAAAGCGUUGGAGCUCCUCCGAAACCUCGUUCCAGUAUGAAAUCUAAAAGAACAAUUAAAAAUAGCGGUUACUUCGGAGACUAUUUAGCAUCUCCAUCCGACGAAUCAUUCCUAAUAGUAAAUGGUCGAAGACGUCAUAUCCAAUGUAAAUGGCCUCAUAGCGGUAAUGCUCAUCAAGUUCUAUGGAUAGAUCCAUUGCAUCUAUAACGUAAGAGAGAAGAACAAGACAUUUAAAAGAAAAACAAACAAAAAUGAUUCUCAAACGUUACUUGCUUUUGUUAAAAAACAAAAAAAGAAACAUUGAAAUAUUUCUGCUUUUAGUGUAUUUACUUAUUUACUCAAUUAUCUUCUAUUUAAGAGAGAGAGAGAGAGAGAGAAAGAUGCAUAUUGUUAUUUUAAUAGAAAAAAAAGAGAAAGAAAAAAUAGGAAGGAUAAGAAAACAGAAUAAGGAGGAGAAGAAGAAGAAGAAGAAAAAGAAGCAGGAGAAAUAAUAAUAAUCUGAAAAGAUAUACAAUCAAAGAAAACUUGUUUUUUCUUUUUUUUUAUAAAUAAAAAAGAAAAAAAAAACAGGAAAAGAGAAAAGAAACAAGAAAAAGCUUUUUAAAAAGUUUGUCAAGAAUGACCUAAAUUGAUUAAUUUUAUUUAUUACAUUUACUUAUAAAAAGGUUUCAAUGGUGCUUAUCAAAACUUAUAAUAGAACUAAAAAAUUUAAUUACAAGACGAUGUUUAUACAUUUAUAAAUAGUGCACAGUAUGAAAAACUAUAGGCUUAUAGUAUACUGUACAAACUGC